CAAUUUCCCGCCAAAAUUACACUGCUAAAACCCUAACGAACCGAGAAUUUCCUUGCUGUCCUUUUCGCCCGCUCUCAGAAAAUGGCGCCAUCUGCAACAGCAAAUUCUCCCAAUUCGCCAACUUCUCCGCCCACCGACAUCAGCGAGAACAAUCUACAGCCAUUUUUUGUUCUGCGCGAAGCUACGUCGUCUCACAAUAAAUCUAAUGAAAGACCUAAUAAAACACCAAAAACAAGGAGGCGAAUUGAUUUAUCUCCGUCUAAGAAUAAAGAGACUGAGAAACCUGAAGGAGAAAGCGAUGAUCACGAAUUUGUCCACCAAAGAAUGGAAGCUUUUGAGCUUAUCUGGUCAAAAAUCGAGUCAACUAUUAAAGAUGUCUUGAGAGAUCUCAACACCAGCGUAUUCGAUGAGAUAUAUCGGUGGAUUCGAGAGUCUUUUAACAGCAUUAAAUCAUGUGGAGAACCUUCUUUUCUUGAAGCAACUCAAUCCUUUCCUGCUGCAAAAGAUGUUACUUCUAAAAAACUGUUUACUGGCCUUGUUCUUACUAAGAAUUUGGAGUUUGCCGAUGACCUACUGACAUUCAAAGAGCUUGGCUUACAUUUAAAAUCUCAAGGAUGCUACUUGGCUAAUCUUUCUUCACUGGAUUUCUCAGUGAAAAAUGGAAUUGGUGGUUGUCUAAGAAGUUUAUUGAGACAGCUUGUAAUGGUUACUUUGGAUGCACCUGAUAUAUCCAUCUUGGCAACGUGGUACAGAGAACAAGGAGACUGUACUAAUCCGGUUGUUAUAAUCAUAGAUGAUUUGGAGCGAUGUUGUGGGUCUGUCUUGUCUGAUUUCAUCAUUAUGUUGUGUGAAUGGGUAUUAAAAAUCCCAGUGAUUUUAAUUAUGGGAGUGGCAACAACACUUGAUGCUGUGAGAAACAUUCUUCCUGCAAAUAUGCUACAUCAUUUGUGCCCUUGUAAGUUCAUUUUUGGCACCCCGUCUGAGAGGAUGGAUGCAAUUGUUGAGGCUGUCCUUGUGAAGCAGUGUUCUGGUUUCAGUAUAGGUCACAAGGUGGCUGUUUUUUUGAGAAAUUACUUUGUAAGCCAUGAUGGAACCUUGACAUCUUUCAUAAGAGCUUUAAAGAUAGCAUGUGCUCAACAUUUUUCUAUGGAACCUCUAAGCUUCAUGCUCCUAUGGUUUCUUGAAGAGGAUAAUAAGGUGUUACAUGGUGAAAAUUAUGGAUUAUCACCAGAAAAUAUGUGCAAGCAUGCUUUUGAGCUUCCAUCUUGUUUGAGAAAGAAAAUGGUUGAACAGAAUGGUGAUACUUUGGUCCAUGGGCUGUCGGAAUUGAAGAAAUUGUGCAGUCAGUGGAGUAAUAUAGUUAUGUGCCUAUAUGAAGCUGGGAAAUGUGAUAAAGUUCGACUCUUAGAUUUGUUCUGUGAGGCCCUUGACCCAGAGUCAGAUAUGUCAAGGGUUUGCAAUGCUCAAAAGGGCUUACAAAAAGAUAUCGUGGUAUCGCCAAGAACUCAAGAUAUGCAUGUAAAAAAUCCUAGUUUACAAAAGGAUGGUUUUAUUGGUUGCGCACUACGGAAGGUAAGGGAUCUUCCAGCAAAGCAGCUAUAUACGGUGCUUAAAGGUUGGGAAAAACAUUCGGCUGAUAACCCUCAGAUCCAGGAGAAAGUGAAGGAGCUCUUAUCAACAUUGAAAUUUGAGGAUAUAUCAACAUUGAAAUUUGAGGAUAGCAAGAAUGUAAAACAUGAUGUGAUAGAUCUAUCCAAGAGAAAUGCAUCUCGAAGCCAUUUGCAUUUUAAGGAUUCCAAAGUGGCAAAUGAGAAAGCUGUAAGACUAGCAGAAUAUAUGAUUAGAAACCAUUUGCAGCCUGUUGAGUGCAUACCUUUCCAUGAAAUUAUCUGCUUUAAGAGUGUUGACAACCUUCAAGCGGCGUUACUUGGACACCCGAGAAGAAGGAUUCAAGUUGAUCUCCUGGAAUUCCAUAAUAUCAUCCAUUGCAGUUGCUGCCGCAGGAGUGGCAAUAGCCUGCUGCCAUCCGUGCAUGAUUCCUCAAUUAUGUAUAGCUUAGCUCAGGAGCAUGGGGAUCUUGUUAAUCUCCACGACUGGUACCAGUCUUUCAAGUCAGUAAUUCUUAGCUCUAGUAAUAAAGGUAAACACCGGUCGAAGCAUUCUCCAUCACCAAAGAAAAGGAAAGUUACAACUGAAACUGCAAAACCAAGCGAAGCAUCAAUUCAAGCACGUUUUUGCAGGGCAGUGACGGAGCUCCAAAUCACUGGGCUAAUUCGAAUGCCUGGUAAAAGACGGCCGGAUUAUGUGCAGAGAGUGGCCUUUGGAUUAUAGCAUGUUUUUAGUAUCACCUGAAACACUUCUUUUACUUUUCCCCUUUUGUAUGUUUUAAUUAAACAAUUUGUGUAAUUUACUUGUUUCGUGUUAAUUGUAGUAAAAGAAAAACAUAGUUGUCGCCGUCUCCUCUACAACUCUGAAGGGCGGGUUAAAGCUAA